AUGGACUCGCCGGCGCCGAGCAAGGGAAUCCGGGAAAGCUCUCUGCGCUUUCCUCAAGAUCCCGCCCCCGGCCAGCUGAGCGCGUGGCGGGUAGGAGAGGAGGGUGUCUCCGAGAGGGACGCUCCCUCAGGCCCGCCCCCCAGCCCCACUGCCAGGGCACCCCCAAGGAGCCGCGCGCGCUGCCUGGACCGGCUGGGGCUGCGGUGUGAAUGGAGCAGCCGAGACUGCUGGCUCCUCCUCCUUCCCCGCCGCCGGCCCCUCUUAUUUGAGCUUUGGGAAGCGGGGGGCAGCCAGGCAGCUGGGGUAAGGAGUUCAAGGCAGCGCCCACGCCCGGGGGCUCUCCGCACCCCGACCGCCUGUCGGCUCCCCCUUCCUGCCCUCCCUCCCACUCAUUCACCCACCCACCCCGAGCCGGGGCCCCGCUGCCUCCUCGCCGCGACCCUGGACUUCCUCCGGCUGCAGGAGCCGGCUUCCACGUGUGCCCCGGAGCCGGCGUCUCCGCACACGCUCCGCUCCGCGCCCGGGUGCCUUCCACAGCCCGAGCCGCCGGGGCUCCGGGGCCCGGGCGGCCUCUGGGCCAAGUCAGGCGCGGCCGAGCCGAGCGCCGAGUGCCUGCAGGGCCGGAGGAGCCGCGGGGCGUCCGGGGCCGAGCCGCCACAAAUGGGCUCCGACGUGCGGGACCUGAACGCGCUGCUGCCGGCCGUGCCCUCGCUGGGCGGCGGCGGCGGCUGCGCCCUGCCCGUGAGCGGCGCGGCGCAGUGGGCGCCGGUGCUGGACUUCGCGCCCCCGGGCGCCUCGGCCUACGGGUCGCUGGGCGGCCCUGCGCCGCCGCCCGCCCCGCCGCCGCCCCCGCCGCCGCCGCCGCCGCACUCCUUCAUCAAGCAGGAGCCGAGCUGGGGCGGCGCGGAGCCGCACGAGGAGCAGUGUCUGAGCGCCUUCACCGUCCACUUCUCGGGCCAAUUCACCGGCACGGCUGGGGCCUGUCGCUACGGACCCUUCGGUCCUCCUCCGCCCAGCCAGGCGUCCUCCGGCCAGGCCAGGAUGUUCCCCAACGCGCCCUACCUGCCCAGCUGCCUGGAGAGCCAGCCCGCUAUUCGCAACCAGGGAUACAGCACGGUCACCUUCGACGGGACGCCCAGCUACGGCCACACGCCCUCGCACCACGCGGCGCAGUUCCCCAACCACUCCUUCAAGCACGAGGACCCCAUGGGCCAGCAGGGCUCGCUGGGCGAGCAGCAGUACUCCGUGCCGCCCCCGGUCUAUGGCUGCCACACCCCCACCGACAGCUGCACAGGCAGCCAGGCCUUGCUGCUGAGGACGCCCUACAGCAGUGACAAUUUAUACCAAAUGACCUCCCAGCUUGAAUGCAUGACCUGGAAUCAGAUGAACUUAGGAGCUACAUUAAAGGGGUAA